UGAUAAAGUUGUGUGCACUGUGGAGCAACAUUUAAAAAGUGCUGUGAAACACGUACUGCUUUUCACAGCUGACUGACUGUGAUUUGCGCAACGCUGUGCAACACUAGUAUUUGUAUACGCGUAAAUCGCAGAGAUUUUUUGUUUUCUUUUUUUUUAUUAAAUUAAAGAAAUGUUGUGUUCAAGUGCUAAUUAAUAUGUUAGACAUGUAAAUUUUGUGGUGUAAUUCAAUAAGAAAACAAGUCAAUUUUAGCUCAGCGAAGUGAAAAUAAGAAAAACAAAAGGAUGUAUUUUCCUUUGGGCUGGCCAAAGCGCGUCAGUCUGGCGCUUCCUGGCGAAUCAUCACAUAUACGUCACAUCUCCUGCGAUGCCGUCAAAAUAUUGGUGGCCGCCAUUGGCGCCGACUUCCUUGGCAUUUGGUAUGCGAAUCCUUUGCUGCCCAUUGCGUAUUAUCGACGUAGCGCCGAAUCUCUGGAGCAAUUUGGUGGCAAUCAGUUAAUUAUAUGGAAGCCCGACUCUCGUCAACUGGCUGUGCUUACCGAGGCAGGUUCGUUGCUGCUUUAUCAGCUGGACUUUGAUGCCAAUGGCAAUGGCAUCUUGAUGCAAGUGGAUCCGCCCGCUGUGAGCCUAAAACGGGACUCAGCUGAGCUGUUCAUCAAGGAGAACAUACCGCGCUUGAGUCUGCGUGAAGUUUGCUGCUUCACCUUGGACACCGUCAUCUCCACAGUCUGCUGCAUUAGCCUAAGUGAGUUGCUCUUGGCCACAGAGACUUGUGAGUUGUUGCGCGUGCAGUGGACACAACUGGAGAAUGCAACAGAAGAGCAACUUACUCCGCUGGCCGUGAUCAAGCUGCGCGACAUUCCCUUCUAUGUGCAACAGCAGCAGCAACAACAGCAGCCUGCUAAGUAUUUGCCUGCCGUGGGCAAUAAUUGCUUUGUAGCCUCCUUGGAGUACUCACCCUUCAUUGGCGGCUGUGCUGCGGUGUUUAGCGAUCAACGUGCUGCCUUCCUAAUCGCCGAUCAUCUGCGAUUCGAGACCGCACACAUGCAUGGCUGCUGGGUACCAGAUGUCGCUGAUGCCAGCGUCUGCAGCGUCAAUCACAAGUUUCGACUGCUGGCUUAUGGACAACAGAGUUCUGCGGUUGCUGUUUAUGCUAUUGAUGAUGCUACCGCUGGCUUGGAGUACUCACAUCGCUUGAUGCUCACUGAGCACGUGCUUCCGGGCAGCCUGGGCGCUGUCAAUGAACUCAAAUGGAGUCCCGAUGGUUGUGUACUUGCCGUGAGCUGGGAAAACGGCGGACUCUCGUUGUGGAGCACUUUUGGUGCGUUGCUCAUGUCCACGCUCAGCUGGGACUUUGGACUACAUGUGGAUCUGCUGAAGCGCAAUCCGCUGCAGCUGCGACGUCUCGAAUGGUCCACGGAGGGCUAUCAACUGUUUAUGACGAGUCGCCAGGGCGAGAACAAUGUGCUCCAGUUGCAGUUUGUGAAGAGCGCCUUGAGCAUGAAUCCCUGCCAGAGCACACAUUCGCACAUACUGCUCCAAGGCGACGAUUGUUUGUACAUCAAUCAGGGCGACAAUCUGGAGCAGACUUAUGGCAAUGCUAAGUGCCAGUUUCCCAGCAGCGCAGCAACGAGCAGCGAGGAUUGUUUGGAGCUCAAGCAGACGCCCAACAUGGGCAGCAUACUCACUGAAAGCAAAUACUGGACACUGCUGCAGCUUCCACUCAAUUAUGCAGCCACCAAUUGGCCCAUACGCUAUGCAGCCAUCGAUGCGGCAGGACUUCAUGUGGCUGUCGCUGGACGCACUGGAUUGGCGCACUAUGCGAUGCUCAGCAAACGUUGGAAACUGUUUGGCAACGAGUCGCAGGAGAAGGAUUUCGUAGUCUCGGGUGGCCUGCUCUGGUGGCAGGGUUUCAUUGUGAUGGGCUGCUAUUCGCUGCUCGAUCGCACCGAUGAGCUGCGAUGCUAUCCCGCCGAAUGCAAGCUGGACAAUCAGUAUGGCCACAAGCUGCAGGUGCGUGCUCCGGUCAUCAGCUUGAACUGUUUUCGCGAUCAGCUAAUUGUGCUCACAGCCGAUGGCAUCGUGAGCCUGUUUCACAUGCAACGACAGUCGGCUUACAUCAUCAACAUUGAGUGCGCCUACGAGCUGGACGUGAAAAGCAUUUGCAUACAUCCGGCGUGCAUUGUUAGCUUGACGGUGACGAAUCUGCGCAACGAGCUGAAGCCGCAGCAACAUCAGACGGAGGCGGAAACGAUUGUUGUGAAUGUCUGCGGACGCAUCCUGAUGAUACAGCGCGAGGAGGCAGCGCAACAGGUGCCAAAUACACUGCUAGCCACUUGCUUGGCAAGCUGCGUGGAAUGCUUUUGGUUGUCACACAAUCUGGAGCACUGUGCAAUGAGAGAUUGCUUGUGGCUCUACUCUGGAGCACACGGCAUGCGUGUCUGGCUGCCCAUACUCCAGCAACGUGCGGAACAAAGCGGCGCACAGCGUUUGCACAGCUUCAUGUCCAAGCGGAUUAUGCUGAGCUUCCCCUUGAAACUCUAUCCACUCGUCAUACUCUUCGACAAUGUCAUUGUGCUUGGCGUGGAGAACGAGAGCACGUUAUAUACGAAUGAGAGCAACUCGCACUUUGCGCUACCUUUUGCGCUGAUGGAGCGCAAGUCGCAGGUUUAUCUGCACAAAGUGCUGCGUCAGUUGAUCAAACGCAAUCUCGGUUACUCCGCUUGGGAGAUAGCGCAAAGCUGUCGCAGUUUGCCGUAUUUCCCACAUGCUUUGGAACUGUUGCUGCACGAAGUACUCGAAGAGGAGGCGAGCUCCAAGCAACCCAUACCAGAUGCUCAGCUGCCCAGCAUACUCGAUUUCAUCAGAGAAUUUCCCGUCUAUCUGCAGACGAUUGUGCAAUGUGCACGCAAAACAGAGAUUGCGCUGUGGCCCUAUCUCUUCAGCAUGGCUGGCAAGCCGAAGGAACUCUUUCAGCUGUGUCUGCAGGCCGAGCAGCUGGAAACCGCCGCCAGCUAUUUGAUUAUCAUACAGAAUCUAGAGCCGUCGUCGGUGAGCAAACAGCAUGCGAACAUGCUGCUGGACAUUGCGCUGAAUCAACGCAAAUGGGAGUUGGCCAAGGAUCUGAUACGUUUCCUCAAGGCCAUCGAUCCCAAUGAGAUUGAUUCGCCGCGCUGUUCGAUGGUCAUGAAUGUGAAGAUUGCACCGCCGCAGCCACAAACGCAGACGCAAGUGAAUCAGAAUGCUGAUGUCUUCAAUCUGGUGCUGGGACCGAUUGCCACCAGGGAACGCAGCUAUUCCACCACGGUGACGACUAAUCUGCCCAAGGACAGCAACAAACAGCCGCAGCAAACGACUUCGAUGGAGCGCAGCGAAACGGGGCACAGCGUGAGUGGCAGCAGCUCGGGGCCAGGUGCUGUUGGCGCUGCGGUGGUGCGUCGCAAGUCCACCAAGGAGCGACAGCAGCGCGAGAUCUUUUGCAUUGAUCUGAUACUGCAGCGUCAUGCGCGGCAGUUGCUGCAGCAGCAUAAGCUGCUUGACUUGGGAUACAUGUGUGCGUAUCUGGACUUUCAUCUCGUCAGCUGGCUAACACAGGAAGCAGGCGGCGCUGCCAAGCUGGACAACAUUCCAGCAGCGUUGCAAACGUUGCACACGGAGCUGCAGCUACCGAGUCCUUUUCCGCCAGCGGGACGCGAUGAUUUUGCUCAGUUGCGUCGUCAGACGGGCAACGCGACUUCCUCGCAGACUUCGGAGUCGGGCUAUUUUAGUAUAGCGGCACAAAUGGAGUCGCCGCAUCUGCAGCCCUGCAUCAAGGAGGAGGAGGAACUGCAGCUCAGUUCGCUGCCCAUGCUCAAGCAUCGCUCGAAUUCGCAGUUGUCUUUUGAUAACUUUCGCUAUCGUCGCCUGUAUUCGCUGCCCGCUUCGGAGGAUGACAACAGCGAUGUUGUGGCCAGUUAUUUGAACGAUAAAUUGGCCAUUAAACUGCGCUACAUGCUGCAACUUUUCAUCGAGGCCAAUUGCACGGAUUACGCUCUAAUGUUGUCCAUUCUGCUGCAGGAUGCUGCUUCCAUUUCCCGCAUCGUCAACGUUGUCAUACGCAGCGAAUCUGUCGGCGCUUGUCGUCGCAUCGAGGCUGCUUUAAAGCAGCUCAGUCAAUGCACUUUCGACAAUGGCGGCUCACUCUAUAGAGGAUUUGUGAUGACGCUACAGCCACAUAUUUAUUUGCUGGAACAGUACAUUCAAUCGCUAGGCGAGACGACGUCGCUGGACAACGCGGCGGAUGAGAGCGAGCUGAGUGCGGAUGCCAAGUCUGCGCUGGAGAGCGAUGUCUUGGACAGCGUGGCCAAAGGACAACAGCUGCCCAACGGCGUCGCCCGUGUUGGAGAGCAGCGUCUGCUCACGCGACACGCCAGCCUCGAGUCCAAAUCGAAGACCAAGUCGAGUGGGCAGCAGGGAAAUCCUUCUUCCACUCAGUCAACGCCCACUCAGCAGCUGCAGAGGCGCAGCAGUCAUGAGACGGGACGCGAUGGCUGCCAGGUUAUGUAAG